GAGCUUGUCUGAGGUCACUGCAGCAGAGCUCUGGGGGCCAACCUGAAGGACAGAGGGGUUGCCAUGGAGACUGAGCAGAGUCCGCCGGCCUCCAGUGCCUCCACCACCAGUACCACCAGUACCACCAGUACCAGUACAACCAGUGCCAGCAGUACCAGCACCAGUACCGGUACCAGUACCAGCAGCGCCAGCAGCACCACCGCCAGCACUGCGAGGCAGACUGUUCCCCAGAUCUCUGUCUACAGCGGGAUCCCUGACAGGCAGACCGUCCAGGUGAUCCAGCAGGCCCUGCACCGGCAGCCCAGCACGGCUGCGCAGUACCUGCAGCAGAUGUACGCAGCGCAGCAGCAGCACCUGAUGCUGCACACCGCCGCCCUUCAGCAGCAGCACCUGAGCAGCGCACAGCUGCAGAGCCUAGCAGCCGUGCAGCAGGCCAGUAUAGCUGCUGGGAGACAGGGAUCCAACCAGAACGGAACCUCAGCCCAGCAAACCGGAUCGUCCCAAACCACCAUCAAUCUGACCACACCCCCUGCAGCUGCCCAGCUAAUCAGCCGAGCCCAGAGCGUGAGCUCCGCCCCCGCCGGUAUAUCCCAGCAGGCCGUGCUGCUGGGCAACCCCUCCAGCCCCGCCCUCACUGCCAGCCAAGCGCAGAUGUACCUGCGUGCUCAGAUGGCACAGCAAAGUAACCUUGUGCAAGUAGCUAGGAGCCUAGGACGAGCUGUUCCUUUAUCCCCCCAGCUCAUCUUCACCCCGACCGCCACCGUCACCACCGUGCAGCCUGAGGCGUCUGCGCAGUCUGCAGGACAGCAGUCUGUCACCGCACAGGUGCAGAACCUGGCCAUCCGUGGCCAGCAGGGGGCAGCAGCCUCCCCAUCUCAAGCACAGCUGCAGGGCCUGAGCCUCAAACAGGCCCCCCUCUCCAUCCAACCCACAGCCCUGCUGAAGAGCCCCGCCCAGGGGGGCCCGGGGGGCCUGGGGGCGCAGGGUGCAGGGGCGAAGGCCGCCCCGCCCGAGGCAUCGCCCGACGGGGGGAAGAAGGCGGAGAACGCUGCCGGCGGGGUGGAGGCGCGUGUGGUCAACAUGAGCCGAACCGCCGCCGUCAACAGCCACCCGCUCAUCGCGCCCGCGUAUGCGCAGAUCCAGCCCCACCAGCUACUGCAGCCUCAGAAGCAGCAGAACUUUGUGAUCCAGCAGCAGCCUCAGACUGGUCCCAGGGCCCAAACCCCGCUCCUGCAGCCUGCCCCCCUCCAGGCCUCCGCCGGGACGCCGCCCGUGCCGGUGCUCCCCAAACCCCCCGUGCCCUCCCAGCAGGCCACCAUCUUCCACUCCACCGUCAGCCCCCUGGCCCUGGGCCACCACAGCCAGCCCCCCGCCAGCCUCUCCCAGCCCAAAGUGCAGCCCGUCCAGCUGACCGCCAUCAACCUGCAGAUCCAGCCCCCAGCCAGCGCGGCAGCGCGGCUGGUCCAGGACAGCAUCAGUAAGGACAGUAAGCCCGCCUCCUCGGUGGUGAAGGAGAGCCCCCCCACCCCCAGCACCCCACAGCCCACGUCUGUCCCCCCACAGAGGACCAGCACUGACCAGCAGGCCUCUGACUCCAGCAAAACCCCCCCUCAGCAGCAAGGUACGGGAGGUGCCGACAGGGACAGUUCCGGUGCGGUGUCGGGGACUCCUCCAGCCAUGACCUCGGGAAACGAGAACGAUGCCCCGUCCGUGACGGGCAGCACGCCGCAGAACGGAGAGAGCAAGCCCCCCCAGGCCAUCGUGAAGCCCCAGGUCCUCACGCACGUCAUCGAGGGCUUCGUCAUCCAGGAGGGAGCGGAGCCUUUCCCCGUGGAGCGAGCUCCCCUGCUGGUGGACGGUCUGAAAAAGCAGAGCCAGCAGCAGCCGUCUGACCCGGAGAAGACGCCCCAAAGCAACCCCCCCAACACCACCGACUCCGAGACUGAGGACCUGACCCAGCAAGAGCUGAGGGAUCAGGAGGAGGUGGAGGAGCCCAAACUGCAGUGUGAGUUCUGCGGCUGGGUCGAUUUCGCCUACAACUUCAAAGGCACAAAGAGGUUUUGUUCUACGGUGUGUGCAAAAAGGUACAAUGUCGGAUGCUCGAAGCGGAUUGGCCUGUUCCACCCGGACAGGAGUAAAACGACCAGCAGGUGGCGACGGAGACCACGCAGCGGCGGCCGGCAGAACACUGAGGCCAAGAAGCCGAAGCGUGCUGCACCUCAGCCAUCACUAGGGGGCUCAGUGUCGUCACCCCUCCCCUCCCAGCCCAGCCAGGGGGAGUCCAGCCCGUGCUCUGACAUGUCCAGCUUCGAGGGGCCCCCCUCCCCCCUGUCUGCCGCCAGCUCGGGGCCCCCGGCCCCCCAGGGCCAGUGCGGGGCUGACCAGGAUGGGGCCCCGCCCAGGGAGCUACCUGCCCUCUCUCGGCACUUCCUGCCCAGCGACCCCACCAAGUGGAGCGUGGAGGAAGUUCACGGCUUCAUCCGCUCUCUGCCAGGUUGCCAGGAGAUCGCAGAAGAGUUCCGCUUGCAGGAGAUUGAUGGCCAGGCCCUGCUGCUGCUGAAGGAGGACCAUCUGAUGAGCGCCAUGAACAUCAAGCUGGGUCCGGCGCUCAAGAUCUACGCUCACAUCAGCAUGCUGAAGGACCCCUAACCCCUACCCCUGAGCCCUGAGAGCAGACCCCAGGGGCAGCGCUGUCCACACCCGAAACACAGACGCCCAGUACAGCGAAACGCAGCUGUUCAAAGUGUUUAAAGACUCUCUAGUCUGUACACAUUCAGGUAGGGUGUGGUUUGGGGUUGUUGUGUGGAGUGUCACACCCCUGGACAAGAUCACUUUGGACGUGGCCGCCUUUUUGGGUGGAUGUGCUGGACUGCAGCCAAAAAGGGGCACUAACAGCAGGCCUCCCAGCAUACACCAGGGCAGGAAGUGGCCUGCCCCACUGCACUGAUGACCUCAUACUGCACUAUGACCACACGCCUUUGGGGGCUGGCCUGCGUGAGGCCACGCCCACAGCGUCGGUCCGGCCCUCGACCGCCAGGAGGUGUGGGAACGAGGCCGGAAGGACCCGGAAGCUCAGCCACCCCCCCCCCAGGCCCACAGCGACUCCACCCUUUAGUGAACGAGCUCCAGUGAUUGGCAGCUUAAGACCGAGAGUUCAGGCCAUUUUUACAUGUUGGAGACUGGGGUUUGGGGAUGUGGGCUUCGUUGGUGCUUUCAGCCAUAUCUUGUUCAGCUUUUUUUUCCUAUAGUGUAAUUUAUAAUAUAUUUUGAUUCCUUAAAUGGAAUAUUAUAAUUUAUGUGGUGGGAGGGGGUUAUAUUUCUGUUGCAGUUAAAGAUGCAGUUUUGUACUUAGCGUGCAGUGUGAUGAAAUAAAAGCAGGGCAAACUCCCAGAAUGCACUGAGUGUCACAGCAGGACUGCAGGCUGGGUGAGUUUAAAGGUGCUCCCAUCAUCCGAAUUCCACUCUCUCACCACCAAAAACCCAGCUGCUUCCUCCUUUCAUGCAGAAGCAAUACAGCCUUUCCCCUUUUCACAUUAUUCGCUGAGCACACGCCCCAAGCCAAUGGCGACUUGCAGUUUGACACCUUGUAUGUAUUCUGUGGCCAUUUAUACGGCAGGAUUUUUGCAGGUGCAGGAAGAGGCGAGCUACCUGCCCAAGGCCGCCUCGGUGCCCGUCCCUCUCACAGGUCAGAGCGCCGUACCGCAACAGGUUGGCGGAUUGACCGCCUGCUGUGAUCAUUCCCCAGGUGUUUUGGCUCACCUCUGUGAGAUUUCGUUUGGCACAGAUUCGGUGUGAAAGGCAUUAAAGACGAUCCCAGUCCCAUGCCUGUGCACGUUCUGAAUCACGCUGAAGCUUCAGAGGCUUCAGCGCUGGAUACAGCGUAUUCACAGACUGCACAGUCUCACUGCAGGUUUGUUUUCAAUAUUAUGUGACUAUAAAAUAAACAAUCUUCACGUAUGUAUAAUAGUUCCCUCCAGCUGCUCCUCUCCAAAGAUAAUGCACAAUUUUCCUCAUUUGAGGACUUGAUUUUUUUUUUUCCAAGUUUUCAUUCUGUUCAGUACCUCAACUGUUCUGUCAGAGGUGGAUUCAGAAAUUUCUAGCUAGAACCUGAGUGGUGUUCACUUUACACAAACAGGGUUCCUCCUUGUGGUCACUUAAGGGAGUGUAGCUAAGGUUCAUUGUUAGCUAUUAGCAAAAUGCAGGUCAUUUACUCUGUAAUAAAUAUCACCUCUUUGUAAAUCUGCCCCUUAAUGGACGACAAAACUUGUACAGAAUAUAUACUGCUGAAUGACACAAGAAUGAAGUGGUUUAGUACAGCUUUUACAUGCUGCUUUGUCACUGCAGUUAAAUGCUGAAUUCUCCAUCAGAAGCCGGAGCCCCUGAGCUGGCAUGGCUGUGUUUGUUACUUUGAUGCUGUACCUGCGUUGAGAUCGCUCCAGUUGGCAUUUAAUAUGAAUCACAGUAAAUAGCUUAAAUGCAUUCAGUAAAACUACCUGUUUAACCACUUACAGGUGUGUUUUUUUCAGUGCAGUCUGAAGUGCAUGUUUUCUUUCAUUUUGGGUUUUUGCUGAAGUUUCAGCAUGCACUUGCGUUUUCUCUCUUCGGACUGCAGUGUCCUGCUUAAG